CACUGCUGCUCCCACAUCACAGACAGGAAGAGGAACCGGCCGGCUACAGUAGUUUUUCGUGUCAGUUGGGGAGCUGUUGCUUUUUCUUCUAUUUAUAUCCUAAUGCAGCUUGAUUACAAAGGGAGGUUUUUGCAUUUAACUCGCGGGCAUUCGUCAUGACAAUUAGACCGGGCACGUCUAUAGAAAUGUGUUACAAAGUGCACAGAACCGAGGCAGGUGGCCAUGGUAACCGCGCGACGCUUCUGCUGUGAUUCAUUCAUGUCGAAAACAGUGAAGACGAUAUGGCUGGGAAACAAAAGAAAGCCCUGAGAAACUCCAUCGAUGAUGUUUUGGGUGAUCUUCUUGGGGAUGACGAUGUUACUCCCAGCAAAACCAGCAGGUCCCCAGCAGGUGUGGGGGGCACUGGUAGAACAGCGGGCCUGCCCUCGAGAAGCGGGAGAAAGUCUCUGCUUGAUGACGACUUCUUCAGCAAGCUAGCGGAGGAGGCUGGCAAGGACGAGGGGUCAGACAUCUCUGAAGCUGAUCCUUUGGCUUUGUUGGACAGCAUGAAGGAUAUUGAUGACAUGGAUGCAGAUCUGUUUGGGUCGAAGAAGCCCAGUUCUGCCCCCAGUCGUUCUCUGUCAGGUGGACUGAAGCAGCAGGAGAAACCCAAAGCAGCUCUGAGCGAGGAUCCUGGGCCCCGGUCUGAGGGGAGGAAGCCCAGUUCUGCCCCAGCGGGCUCGGCUCGGCACUACAAGAAGUUUACAUUCGAGGAUGAUGAUGAUGGCGAUAUCCUUGGCCCGAGUUCUGGCAUUAAAGAGGAGGAAGACCCUUUAGAAGACCUCCUGGAUGAUCAGGACGAGGGAAAGGAUUCCAAACAAUGGGCACCACAGAGGAAAGACAACCUCGCCCCCUCAGAGGCUCCCGGCACCAAACAGGAGGAGGCGGCCCCCCCUGCCUCUGCCCCAACUCGUCCGGCUGCGGUGCCCAGGAAGCGGGAGGAGCUGAGCUUCGACGAGGAUGGGGACGAGCUGAUCGAAGCGCUGGGCUUCGGGGAGAGUCCUAAAGGGAGAAGGAGAGCAGAGGACGCGACCCCCCAGCCAGCCCGUUCACGGCUGGAUGAGAUUCUGGGGCGUGGCACGGCCCCCCGACUGCUGGAGCGCCCCCUAACAGGAGAGAGCAAGGAGGUUCAGCAGGAGAAGAAGAGCCACCGCAACCAGACAGAUGCGGUCGUGGGGGAGGAGGAUUUCACUUUUGGGGCGUACCAGCCGACCGUGGCGUCCACUCCAGAGGGGCGACAGUCCCGCAGACAGUCAGUCAGAUUUUCAACUGAGGACAUUAGCGGGCUGUCGCCAGAGAAGAAGUUGAAGCCGGCCACACCUGCCACCCCUCUCUCGGCACGCUCCAGCAAACCAGCAGCGGAUUGGCUGGGACUGAAGGAGGAGGAGGCUGCGGAUUGGAGGAGCCCCUCUCCAGUGCGGGACAGCCUGAGGCCCCCCCCCUCUUCUGACGUGCCUGCGCCCCAGAUUCCCUCCCCCUCGAACAAGCCCCCAGGCUCCAGCCGGCCACCCUCGGGAUCAAAGGUCACAGACACCCCACUUCCCGCCAGCGGCAGGACCCCCCACUCAGGACCCAGGCUGGAGGCAUCUGUGUCCACGGAGGAGGAUGACUGGCUGGCAGGGGCUCUGUCCCGCAAGAGACAGCAGGAGAAGGGAGCAGGGUCCUGGGACUUGGAUGAAACAGACGCCCCUGUCAGCAAGCCUGUGUCCUCACCCGCUUCCCGAAGAAGACCUUCACUGACUGAGCCUCCCAAUAACACUGGCUCUUCGUUACCCUGGGAGAACCCCCAAAGACAGGCCACCCCCCCUCCACCAAGUGGGACAAGGACUGAGGAUCCUCCCAGGACAGCUGUACCCAUUCCCUCUGGCGCUGUAGUCCCAGCUGCAGCUCACACCUCCAGCAGGCAUGAAGCCCCAGCCUCUCCACUAACAAGCCCACCUUCACAGUCCCAGCAAGCUCAGCAUGAAAGUGCAAGAGCCAUGCAUUCAAUCCAGUCCCUAGCAGUAGAACCUCUUUAUCCAAGCGACCACCCCCUGCCUCCUGUAGCUCCCCAGUCUGAACCCCCUAAACCUGCAGCCAGUCGCGUAGCCGACCCCUCUCGCACCCAGCCCAUGCCUGCUUCAUCUGCCAGGGCUAGUCUUCCUCUAUCCCAGCAUCCACUGCAGGAGCAGCAGGAGCUGAGACUGCCACCCCAGACAGCAGCCUCAGUGUUCCACCCUGAUCUCCCAGGCCUGCCAGCUCCCAGCACAGCGUGGUGUCACGUGCCUGCACAGAGACCAAUGGAGACAAACACACUUGUCCUGCAGCCACAGCAGGUAGCCCUAGAUUGUGACCCUCUCCAAGCACUGCUUCUGCAGCAGCAGCUGGUGCAGUCCCAGGCGCGGGGGCUGGGACCCCUCGCCCCCCGAGAUUUGGAGAGCAGGCUGGGUGUCCUACAGAAGCAGCUGAGGGAGUGCGAGACGGAGCAGCAGGCAGGGGAGCAGGCCUUGCAGACCCGACUCACACAGAUGGAAUGCCAGGUGCGCAAGCUGGAGCUGGAGCGGGACCAGGCGCAGCUCCUGUUGGACACCCUGACGCAGAGACAGAGGCAAGACCUGGAGCUGGUGGAGAGCACACACAGGACUCGUGUGAAGCUGCUAGAGGAGGCGUCCCAGCAGAGAGAGGCUCAUCUGCGUCAGGAGAGCGAGGAGCUGCAGGAGCGCGUAGCAGCUCUGGUACGGAGUGCCGAGCGGGACCGAGUGGACCUCGUCACACAGCACCAGCGCCGGCUCGGUGAGGCUCAACAAGAGAGGGACCGCGAGGUGGAGCGACUGCGGGAGCUGCAGAGGCAGUCCAUCCUGGAGAUGAAGAAGGACCACGAGGAGCAGCUGCAGCGUCUCAAGAGGCUGAAAGAUCAGGAGAUCGAUGCAGUGACGAGCGCCACCUCCCAGACCAGGUCUCUGAAUGGCGUGAUUGAUCAGAUGGAGUCGUUCUCUCGGAAGCUGGGAGACCUGUCCUACAAGGUGGAGAGCACACACGAGCAGACUGCCCAGGGCCUGGAGCAGGGGGCCAGGCAGAGAGACGAUCAGCUCAGGGUGCUGCAGGAUCGCCUGAGCCAGCAGCAGAGAGACAUGGAGGACGAGAGGAGCCGGCUGCAGUCUGUCAUCACCAAGAUGGAGAGCCGGCUCAGCGAGCAGCAGCGGCUCCUGGAGAAGGAGCGCUGGCGCCUGACGGCCGAGCAGAGCAAGGUGGAGUCCUUGCAGAGGGCACUGGAGGAGGAGAGGAGGGUGCUCACCCAGCAGAUCAGCAUGGAAAGGGAGGAGCUGGAGAGGGCAAAGAGUGCUCUGCUGGAGGAGCAGCAGGCAGUGAUGCAGCGCUGUGCGGAGGAGCGCAGAAAGCUGGCAGCCGAGUGGACGGAGUUUCACAAACAAGAGAAGCAGCGGCAAGAGCGGACAGAGCGAGAGGCCAGCCGGGCACUGGAGAGAGACUCGCACAGAGAGGGGUCCCUGAUCAACCUGGCACAGGAGCAAGCAGACAUCAAGGUGAAGGCGGGUGAGCUGAAGCUGAGAGAGGAGGCUCUGAUCCGGGAGCGGGAGGCUCAGGAGAGGGAGCGGCAGGAGCUGCAGCUGGAGAAGGAAAGGGUUAACGGGGCAGCGCUGCGCCUCCGGCAGAGAGCAGAGGAGAUGGACUCUGUCAGCAAGCUUGCAUCCCAGAAAUAUGAGGAGGGAGAGCACGCCCUGCUGGAAGCAAAGCAGGUCGCCUCAGAGCAUCAGGCAAGACUGAGGAGCAUCCACCAGCAAAUGGAGCGCCUGAGACAGCAGGAGCAGCACCUGCACCAGGAGCGCCUGAGGCUGUCUGACCAGCGCAGAGAGCUGGAGAAGCUGAGACAGGGGAUCCCCAUCAACACACUGGCCAGGCCACUCCCCACCAGUUUUGCCCCGUUGUUUGCCAGCACCCAGCUCAUCGCCUCUCAGGAGCCAGUGCGCUCACAGCCUGCUGCUGAUACUGGUUCCCCUGAGCUGCGGGCCAGGUUGGCCCUCCUCAGACACACGGCAGAGAAGGACAGAGACUUCCUGGAGGAUGAACAGUUUUUCCUGGAAACUCUCAAGAAGGCUCCGUACAACUCUUCCACUCAGACAGCCUGACCCCACCGACCGAGGACAGCCAGCUGGAGAGUUAACCAUGUGUUUGAUAUAUUUUUUACACAAUAAAGUUUUGUAUUGUUUUAUUACGAA